AUGGAAACUCCAGUGAGAAUUCUCAGUCUCAAUCGCCAGCUCUUCGCCAAAAUGACGCCGUCCGCUCUUACAUUCUCUCCCAAACUUCUCCGGCCCCCAAAUCCCUUACUUCCAUUUCACACUGCCGCUCGAAACGGCGUCGUCAAAAGAACCCCCUUUUCUCUUUCUCUCGCACAGCCACAGUCCUCGUUCAACUUCGCCACCCAUACAAACCCCUUUCAAUCCCUCCUCUUCUCUCUCUCUUCCCAAUUCCCGAUCAACAACUUCAACCACUCUCUCUCGCACUCACACGACGGCGUUUUCACAUGGAACCGAGCUUUCCAGAGUGGCAUUGAUGGAAAUGUGGGUUCUUUCGGAACCCAAAAGCGAGAAGUAACCGUCGUCUUGCUGGGUUGGCUUGGGGCCAAAACCAAGCACCUGAAGAGGUACGUGGAAUGGUAUAACUCCAGAGGCAUUCACGCGGUGACCUUCGUUGUUGAUGCGAGGGACGUGCUCUGGUUUGAUUUGGGCCACCGGGUCGAAAAACGGGUUUCGGAUUUGGCCCAAGAGCUCGUUUCGUGGGUGGAGGAGAGGGUAGAGGAUGGGAGAGAAAGAUAUGGCGCCAUUCUUGAAAUUCUUCAGGGUAGACAAGACCUGAUGGAGAAGAUUAAAGGAUGUGUUGUUGAUUCAGGAGCAGCGGAGCCUUUUAAUCCUAAGGUGUGGGCAGCGGGCUUUUCUGUCGCUAUCUUGAAGAAACGCAGCUCUUUAACAAGCCCCGCGGUUGAGGCUAGAGAACUGAAUAAGUCUGAAGAUGCAGUGAGCUUGUCAAAGAUGCAAGAAGAGAAACCUCUGAUAGUUGAAACCAUGGUUCUGUUGGUAUUAGAGAAGCUGUUCUCAGUUCUUCUAAAGUUGCCUGACGUGGACAAGAGGUUGUCGAAGGUAGUUUCUAUCCUCUCAGAAAACACUCCUUAUUGCCCUCAACUUUACCUGUAUAGUACCGCUGAUGGAGUUGUUCCGCAUCAGUCGAUCGAGUUGUUCAUUGCAGAGCAAAGGAGGAAGGGUAGAAUGGUUAGGUCCUUCAAUUUCGGCUCAUCACCGCAUGUAGACCACUUCAGGACUUUCCCCAACAUCUACUCUUCAAAGCUCGACUGUUUCUUGAAAGAUUGUUUAGCUACCUCUAAGACGACAGCAUAA